CGACUCUUUACCCAAAACCACCCGCUCCUUCUCAUCACACGCACAUCGUCCCCUCGACCGCAACUUCCAUAUUUGUCGCAACCUUCACGGAACGCCUUCGCCUCGAGACAGACAGCGCGUUUUUUGACGACCGAAAACAAGAACUAUGUCAAAGAGCAGGUCUGGCUGGCUGCCAAGUGGUCCGCUAUAGGAUGGUCUUUCUUCUUCCUCGGAGUCGUCGCUCUCUACGGCAUCAACCAGGAAGUGCUAGAACGCAAGACUCCUUCCCCUGACGAGUGGUCCUUCUUCUCGCGCAAUCACUUCCGAUGCGCCAAUGCCGCCGUGAAGCCAGACCACGAGUACACCGACUGGGCCCAGGUCGCAACUGAGUUCAGAAGAUGUUUGGAGAGACUCGAGAAUCCCGAGAUUGAUGGCAAAGGCACGAGUCCCCUUGUCCCUGGCAUGGAUGAUAUUCGUGGCAUCAACCCGUCUGCCUUUGACAUCUCUGAAAAGUCAUUUGCGUGGAAAGAAGGCUAUUUCCAGGUCGUCAUGCAAUGCGCUCGUGCUUCCGAACAUAUCGACAACAUGGUUCUCGACACUACCCGCAAAAUCAUUUUCCCCAAAGAGGUUGUUAUUGGUCCUUCAAACCCCAACCCUCGCCCCUGUCCUCCUGGUGCCGAGUCUGCUCCCCGCGAGGAAGAUUGCGAGAGAGCGUAUGCUCCUCCAGAGACCUUCUACCUCAAGGUCUUGACUGGUCUUGGUUUCUCCAGCCGUCAGAGAAUUGAGGCUGCUCUGGCAUACGCCAACUGGCUUGAGAUCAAGGGCUUGACCGAUUCGGCUGAUGAGACUUACAAGUGGGCUGUUGACAUUGCUGCCUCUGCUCUGCCAGCACCAGAUGCUGUCAUUGACAAGGACACUUCCAUCCUUCGUGUACAAGAAGCCACCCCUCCUAGCCCCAACCUCCUCCGUACCGCAACCGCUCUUGCUACCCAUCGUGCUCGUUCUGGCAAUGUUACUUCCGCUCUUCCCAUCUUCUUGUCUGUCCUUCGUGCCCGCCACGCCUCUCCAGUUGACAUUGCUCCUGCAACCAGGUCGGAGUAUACCCCCUUCUACGUCUCGGAUCCAACAAACACCGACAUCGGUUCCUUCAUCAACAUCGUCAAGUCUCUCUUUACUCCUCCUAAAUACCCUGCUGAACCUCCUUCUGGUGACGAGCCAUUCUUGCGUCAACCUGACUCCGUCCCUGAUUGUGCCGAAGCUGAACUUAUGCUCUACAUUGGAGAGAUCCUUUUCGCAACCGCUUCAUCAGGUCACGAAGACGAAGGUCUUGGCUGGACCAAGCAAGCUGUCGCCAUUGCUGAGCGUGGUUCUUCUUCGAAUGAUGUUCUGCCCGCAAAUCGCGACAAGUGCAAAGCAUGCCUUGAGACCGGUAUCGCCAACUGGGGUGCCAUGGUUGCGAAGCUGUUGAAAGAGUCUCAAUCCAAGCCUACUACCUCCUCUUCGUGG